AUGGCCGCCCACAACACCACCUACCAUCACCACCACCAUCAUCACCACGCCGAGUCGACGCCCCUCAUCCGCGGCUCCCGCUCCGUCGACCAGCGUCGCCGCCGCGAGAACCAGACCUGCCGCCGCUUCUUCCUCAUCGCCGUCUCCUGCAUCGCUCUCUGGGGCAUCUUCUCCUUCUUCUUCCAGGCCUUCUUCGUCUGGCCCUACCACUACCAUCGCUCCCACGACGGCCGCCACUCAGCCACCGACCUUGGCCGCGAGACGCUUACCUACGCCCAGCUCAAGAACAUCCUGCUCGAUACCCCCGACGCCGAAAAGGCCCGCGAAUGGAGCGAGUACUACACUGCUGGCGCCCACCUGGCCGGCAAGAACUUUUCGCAGGCCGACUGGACGCGACAAAAGUGGGAGUCGUGGGGCGUUCCCUCUAGCAUUGCCGCCUACGACGUCUUCAUCAACUACCCUGUCGACCACAGCCUGUCGCUGCUGAAGAAGACCAAGGGCCACGCAGACGCCUGGGACGUUGCCUUCAAGGCCUCCCUCGCCGAGGAUGUGCUCGACGAGGAUCCCACCAGCGGCUCCCCGGACAGCAUCCCGACCUUUCACGGCUACUCGGCCACCGGCAACGUGACCGGCCAGUUCGUCUACGUCAACUACGGCACCUAUGCUGACUACGAGGACCUCGUCCGUGCCGGCAUCGACUUGAAGGGAAAGAUCGCCAUUGCCAAGUACGGUGGCAUCUUCCGCGGGCUCAAGAUUAAGCGCGCACAGGAGCUCGGCGUCGUCGGCGUGCUUAUCUACAGCGACCCCGGCGACGACGGCGAGCGUACCGAGCAAAACGGCUACGACGCUUACCCCGACGGCCCUGCGCGCCAGCCGAGCAGCGUCCAGCGUGGCAGCGUCCAGUUCCUCAGCACCCGCCCCGGCGACCCCACGACGCCCGGCUACCCGUCCAAGCCCGGCGCCCCGCGCGCACCCCCCUCCGACGCCAUCCCCUCCAUCCCCUCUCUGCCCAUCUCGUACGCCGACGCACUGCCCAUCCUCAAGGCGCUCAACGGCCACGGGCCCAAGGCCAGCGACCUGGGCAACCCGUGGACGCGCAAUCUCGGGCUCACCCACAAGGGUGUCGAGUACCACGUCGGCCCCUCCCCGGCCCACCUUGCUCUCAACUUGUACAACGAGCAAGAGUACGUCACCACGCCGCAGUGGGAUGUCAUCGGCAUCGUCAACGGCACCGUCCCAAACGAAGUCAUCAUUGUCGGCAACCACCGCGACGCGUGGAUCGUCGGCGGCGCUGGCGACCCCAACAGCGGCUCCGCCGUACUCAACGAAGUCGUCCGCAGCGUCGGCGUCGCCUUGGAGGCCGGCUGGCAGCCGCACCGCACCAUUGUCUUUGCCUCGUGGGACGGCGAGGAGUACGGCCUCAUCGGCAGCACCGAGUGGGUCGAGGAGUACCUGCCCUGGAUCGACGACGCCAACGUGGCCUACAUCAACGUCGACGUCGGCGCCUCAGGCCCCGUCUUUCAGGCCUCGGCCGCGCCGCUGCUCAACCAGGUGCUGCGUGACGCCACCGCGCUGGUCCCGUCGGCCAACCAGACGAUCGAGGGCCAGACCAUUGCCGACGUCUGGGACGGGCACAUCAGCACCAUGGGCAGCGGUAGUGACUUUACCGCCUUCCAGGACUACGCCGGCGUGCCCUGCAUCGACAUGGGCUUCAAGGGCGGGGACGAGUCGGCCGUCUACCACUACCACUCCAACUACGACAGCUUCUGGUGGAUGGACCACUACGGCGAUCCGGGCUUCCGCUACCACCGCAGCAUGGCCCAGCUGCUCGGCGUCCUCGUCGCCGAGCUGGUCGACAGCCUCGUCAUCCCGUUCCAGGCCGCCGAGUACGUCGACGCGCUCGGCAGCUACCUCGACCAGGUGGAGAACAAGCUGCGCCGCUAUGAUCAUAGCGACGACGACGACCACCGCGCCUACUUGGAGAAGCUCGACGACGAGGCGCUGUUCCUCGAGCGCGGCCGCGUUGGCAGCAUCCAUGCGUUCCACAAGGACGAUGACGUGGCGAGGGGCAACGCCGACGCCUUUUGGACCAGCCUCAAGGACAUGCGUCUGUCGCUGGCGCGCUUCCGCAUCGUCGCCGGCGAGCUGGACGAGCUGGCCGAGCACGCGCGCGAGGUGCUCGACCACGGCCUGCCAUGGUGGAACAUUGUCGGCAAGAUCCGCCUCGGCGUCACCAUUCUCGUCGUCAACCACAAGUACAAGGAGCUGGAGCGCCACUUUUUGUUCGAAGGCGGCCUGGACGGCCGCAGCUGGUUCAAGCACGUUGUUUUUGCGCCCGGUCUGUGGACCGGUUACGCUGGAGCCGUGUAUCCGGGACUGAUGGAGAGCAUCGAUGCCAAGGACUACAGCAACGCUCUGAAGUGGUCUGGCAUCAUCACCAAGUGCAUUCGCAGAGCGACCAAGAGCCUGCAGGCGUAA